GUCAACUCACUAUACUUACACCGGCCAUGGCUGCCGCAGCUGCUGCCAUUCGUCCUAUGCGACUUGCAGCACUGACACGGACACGUUCCUCCGUAUUUCAGACUGCAUAUAACCCCACAUCAGCACGUACUGGAGCCAAAUACCUUCGCGCACGACUUCGCGGGCCUUCUAUGGUCAAAUACUAUACUCCAGAAGCCAAUAUUGCACAGCUCAUAAGACAAUGGCCUGAGUUGGAAAUGAUAAAUUUGGCAGAGGACGAAAGACUGCAAGAUGUGGAGGACAAAAAGAAGAGAGGGAAGGGUGCACCGAAGAAAGCCAAGGAGAAAGGUGACAGUCGCCGAGCUAGCAGGAGGCGAUGAUGUAUUGUGUUGGAGCUGGAGAACGACCCUGUUUUGUGUGUCUACGACAUGGCGGGAGACGACAAAUAGAGGACGGUCUACUACGUAGGUAUAUAUACGUGGUCGGGAUCCGGACAUCGAACGAUGACGAAGGGUGAACAUUAAACUCUAACACACACCCUCGACCGAGACAUCGUGAGGAAGAUAAUAAGCGCGUGAAGUUGAAAUGACUGAACUAUGAAACAGCGAGAAAGUGCUAGGAAGUUCAUUACCGCGUAUAUGUCGUACUGAGCACUGGGUGUCAUCUAAAUAGAGCCUGGAAAGAGAUAUUAGCAUACUUGGUGAAAGGUCGAAAACGUAGCUUGGUAUCACUGCAGUGUGUGAGGUGUUGCGUUGCAGCAUGCAUUCGAGUAAGG